AUGCAACAAAAUUAUGCAGAAUCAUUGUUUUCAUAUUUUACAUAGGUGGCAAAUUAAUCUUAGACAGGCCGAAAAAUAAUUGAAGAGAUUAUAGAUUUGUUUGAAGAGAGAGCAAAUUUAGAAGAAAAAUAUGCCAAAUCAUUAGAAAAAUUGGUGUCAAAUAUUGCCAAAUUGGAUGAGAAAUAGCAGUACUAAUAUUAAGUGAUUAAUAGAAUGUACAAGGUUCCUAUUUUCUGUUUGAAAAGUCUAACAGCAAGCAGGUAACAUUAGGCUUUGAGUUUGUGUUCUUAAAUAAGGGAGGAUCUGAUUACGUAGCUCAAAUAAGUCAUUCAAUAAUAAAAUGGUACAUCAAAAAAGCUGAUAGAAGAAGCCAAGAAAAUGGAAAAGGAAAAUUUAGUCUUAAAUCAGGAACUCAAGAAAGUAUUAUUGAAUUAAAAGCUAAUAGAGUUUCUAAGAUUACAAAUAAAAGAAAAGAGAGUAUGAGUAGUAUGCAACUGUUUUGGUAGUCUAUAAUCUACUAUCUGAAUACUCAGAGAAGAAGAGAAUCAAUUAAUACUAUAAGGUGAAUCAAAUCAAGAAGGAAUACUUAGAUCUUGAAUAAUAAUAUAAACAAUCUGUGUUCGAGUAUAAUUCCAAUUGUGAAACCUCUAAAACUAGAAUGCAAGAAAUAUUAAAUGUAAUGUAAGAGUAAGAAGAAAAGAGAAUUGGUAUAUUCUUAGAUACUUUAAUACGACAAAUUGUAAAUAGUUAAUUUAUUCACACUUAGAUCUUUGAAGUUUCUCAUUCUAAAAAUGUCUAAUAUGAUCUUGAGAAAAUUACAGAAGUAAUCAAUGAAAUCUAACCUAAAGAUGAAGUUAAUAAAUUUAUUACCAAUGUUAAACAAGAUGGUCCAACACUUUUUGAAAAAACAGAAAUAGUUCAUUUGAACACCUAUAUUAGCAAUAGUUUAUAAAAGUUCUUCUAGAAGGAAUUUGAUGAAUUAUUGAAUUUAAAUAAUGACGAGUCUGUUAAUAAAAUUAUUGCUAGUAUUGAUUAAGGAAUCGAGGUCUUACCAGAAGAUUAAAAAUAAUAGGAAACUUAUUAUGCUGCUAAAUUGAUACAUGAUUGUUGGCAGGAAGAGGAACUCUCAAUUCAAGUAUUCUAAGAAUUAAAGAAAAAAACAAAAGAUAAUUAUCAAUUGAGAAUGCUUAUAAUUGUAGCAAUUUAAAAUAAAAGACUGAAUACUUAAUUUAAACUAGGAGUUAUAGCCUUUUAGAAUGUACUUAAAUUAUUCAAUUCAUUAUUGGAAAUAGUAUUAAAUUCAAAUAAUUUAGUGCUUAGAUACAUUUGAUGCAGGGACUUCAAGAUCAUUGAUGAAUCUUUCAUUUACAUUUUAUUAAGAAAGGAUUGAGAAUAACAAAACACAAUGUUAUUUUUUAUCGAAUGAAUUUGCUAAACAUCAGAUUUGGGAAACUCGAGAUUUGUGGGAAACAAGUAUUAUAUAAUAAAUUUAUGAAAAAAUAAAAGAGUAAUAAUAAAAAUAAAGAUUACCAAAGUAUUAUUUAUAUUUCAAUUUAGUCAAAAUGAAUAAAUUUAGGCAGAAAAGAAUAUGAUAUUAACUAUUUUAACUCAAAUGGCAUAAAAUAUGUUAUUGUUUAAUUUUAAAAUUGGAGCAUUGAAAGAUAUUAUGUAUAAAUUUUUAGCAUUUUUUGAAUUGAAUGAAGAAAUAACAGUUGAUUUAUUUGUAAUAUAUUAAUUUAAUUUUAGAAUGCAAUUGAAGGAUUUGAGAACUAAAAAAAAAUUAAUGAUUAAUUAGAGAAAGAAGCAUAGUUUCAAAAAAUAUAACAAUAAAUUGAGAAAUCUAAAUAAGAAAAUAAAAAGGAUUGA